ACAACUACCUUAUCGAGUCCGAAACAUGGUUCAGAAUGCCAGCAGAAGACUAUCGCGCUUUGUCACAGGUCAUGUUAUCGCAGCGUGCUGGUCUGACUGCUCUCAGCUAUGGCUUUUGAAGAACCAAGGACAAAAAAACCCAAACUUUCGGAAGGGGAGCAGAAAGAGUCUUCAGCUGAAGAGACAUCCACGGAACUAAGCCCCCAUGCACUCUUUGGGAUGGGAAACCCUUUGCUGGACAUCUCUGCUGGAGUCGACAAGGACUUUUUGGACAGUAAGUUUGGUCUGAAGCCCAAUGAUCAGAUCUUGGCAGAAGACAAACACAAAGCAAUGUUUGACGAGCUGGUCAAAAAGUUCAGUGUUGAGUACCAUGCUGGAGGAGCUACGCAGAACGCUAUAAAGAUUGCUCAGUGGAUGAUCCAGGAACCUCGUUAUGUAGGUACUUUCUUUGGUUGUAUCGGCAAAGACAAGUUUGGUAAGAUCCUCAAGCAGAAGGCCGAGGAGGGUCACAUAGACGCCCACUACUACGAGCAGGAUGAAGAGCCCACGGGAACCUGCGCUGCUUGUAUCACCGGAGACAACAGGUCACUGGUGGCUAACUUAGCUGCUGCUAACUGUUAUAAGAAAGAUAAACAUCUAGACCUUGGAAACUGGAAACUUGUGGAAAAAGCUAAAGUCUACUACAUUGCGGGUUUCUUUCUGACUGUUUCUUUGGAGUCUAUUCUGAAAGUAGCCAAGCAUGCGGCUGAACACAACAAGCUGUUUUGUAUGAACCUGUCUGCACCCUUCAUCUGCCAGUUCUUCAAGGAUAACCUCAUGCAGGUUUUGCCCUAUGUGGACAUACUCUUCGGCAAUGAGAUGGAAGCCACUGCAUUUGCUAAAGAGCAAAUGUUUGAGACCAAGGAUAUGAAGGAAGUUGCCAGAAAAGCGCAGGCUCUGCCAAAAGUCAACACAAAGAGACACAGGAUUGUUGUGGUGACUCGGGGACAUGAUGAAACUGUUGUGGCCCAAAAUGGCAAACUUGACACUUUUCCAGUCAUAAAGAUUGAUCCCAGUGAUAUUGUUGACACAAAUGGUGCAGGUGAUGCCUUUGUUGGAGGUUUUCUGUCUGAGCUGGUUCAGGAGAAGCCACUGGCUCAGUGUGUAAAGGCAGCACACUAUGCUGCUAACGUCAUCAUCAAACGAGUAGGUUGUACUCACCCAGAAAAACCUGACUUCAACUGAGGGCUAUGUUUUCUUCACCCAGAACCCCUACACUCAGUCUGCCCAUAUGUAACCCAGACUCAACUACUUCUUUCUACAAACAUGCCCCUCAGUUCAUUUCAGCCGCCUGUGAUCCGUCUGUGCAGCUUGCAGCCUUUCACACGUGGCUAUUCUUUUUUUUGGCCAGUUAUUUUGGUGCUUCCUGAGUUCUCCACUUGGGGACACUGUAAGCACUUGCAUACAAACCCAAUAAGUUCAUGUUUUUAGUCUAAAUAUAAAAGAUGCUGUACAAGAAUCACAAGGCCAAAGGCUGUGACCAUUUUCAUUUUCACAAAUGUUAAGUGAGGAAAAUCCUGUUUUCUUGGAUAGUUGUGAUUGUGACUCAGAUGCUGCUACACCUGGCUGCACUAACGCACAAAUGUCUCAUACUCUACAGCCGGCACUCAUUAUCACAUUACACAUCUGUCUCGUCAAUAUGAAGACAGAUGUAAAGCACAAAAGCUAAUUUCAUGUCUGAAGGAUGCAAUAAUCCUCUGGCAAGGGAAUGCGUACCAGUGAUUUCUUUUAGAAAUUUUAUAACUAUUAUUCCUGAUUACAAGUUUUAAUUUAAAAGAAAUUUGCCAGCCAUGUUGGGA